AUGGUUCAAGCUGCACAGGAGGAUUGUAAAAAUGACCCAGAAUCAUUUCAAAGAUUAUUGAAAGAUGCAGAAAAACCGUUAUAUCCUGGUUGUAGAAACUUUACAAAAUUGUCUGCAUUGAUUAAAUUGUACAACCUAAAAGCACGCUUUGGGUGGUCUGAUAAAAGCUUUUCAGAGCUUUUAGAAAUGCUUGGAAAUAUGUUGCCUGUGAAUAAUGAGUUGCCUUUGUCUAUGUAUGAAGCAAAAAAGACAUUGAAUACAUUGGGAAUGGAAUAUGAGAAAAUACAUGCAUGUCCUAAUGAUUGUAUCCUUUAUAGGAAUGAGUUGAAAGAUGCAUCGUCAUGUCCUACUUGUGGAACUUCAAGGUGGAAGACAGAUAAAACAGGAACUAAAAAGAGGAAGGGGGUUCCAGCGAAAGUAAUGUGGUAUUUCCCUCCAGUUCCAAGAUUUAGAAGAAUGUUUCAAUCAGUAAAAAUUGCAAAAGAGCUCGUAUGGCAUGCCGAAGAAAGAGAUUUCGAUGGUAAAAUGCGUCAUCCAUCAGACUCACCAUCAUGGAAGCUAGUUGACCAUAGAUGGCCCGAGUUUUCCUCAGAACCUAGAAACUUGAGACUUGCCAUUUCAGCAGAUGGCAUAAAUCCUCACAGUCCACGACAACCUGGUAAUGACAUUGACAUCUAUUUAGCACCGUUGAUAGAAGAUCUUAAAACAUUGUGGGAGGUCGGAGUCCAGGCUUAUGAUGCACAUCAACGAGAGUUCUUUACAUUAAGAGCUGUUCUAUUAUGGACAAUCAGUGACUUCCCUGCGUAUGGAAACUUGUCUGGGUGCACAGUUAAAGGAUAUUUUGGUUGUCCAAUAUGCAGGGAAGAAACAUAUUCUCGUAGAUUGAAACAUGGAAAAAAGAACUCAUAUACAGGACAUAGACGAUUUCUUCCUUGCAACCAUCCAUUUAGGAAACAAAAGAAAGCAUUUGAUGGUGAACAAGAGUUUAGGCCACCUCCACAAAUAUUAACUGGAGAGGAAAUUCUCAAAAAAGUCAAAGUCAUUUGUAAUUCAUGGGGGAAAAAAAAGUUUAAUCGUGGUAAAUCCAAAGUUAGCAAUCCAAAUUGUUGGAAGAAGAAGUCCAUAUUCUUUGAUCUUGAGUAUUGGAAAUAUCUUCAUGUUCGUCAUAAUUUGGAUGUAAUGCAUAUUGAGAAAAAUGUUUGUGAAAGCAUCAUUGGUACCUUACUCAACAUUCCAGGUAAGACAAAGGAUGGACUGAACUGUCGUUUAGAUCUUGUAGACAUGGGCUUAAGGAGCGAAUUGGCACCAAAGUUUGAAUCAAAGAGAACCUAUCUCCCUCCUGCAUGUUAUUCACUUUCGAAAAUGGAAAAGAAGGUAUUUUGCCAAACUCUUUCACAAUUGAAGGUUCCUUAUGGAUACUGCUCUAACCUUCGAAACCUUGUGUCAAUGGAAGACUUGAAGCUUUAUGGCUUGAAAUCCCAUGACUACCAUACAUUAAUGCAGCAAUUAUUGCCUAUUUCAUUACGAUCUAUUUUGCCAAAGCAUGUGAGGAAUGCCAUUUGUAGAUUGAGUUCUUUUUUCAAUACUCUCUGUAGUAAAGUGGUUGAUGUUCCUACAUUAGAUGAGUUACAAAAUGAGGUUGUGGUGACAUUGUGCUUGUUUGAAAAGUAUUUCCCACCUUCAUUCUUUGAUAUCAUGGUGCAUCUUACUGUGCAUCUUGUAAGAGAGGUGAGACUUUGUGGACCAGUUUACCUUAGGUGGAUGUACCCAUUUGAAAGGUUCAUGAAAGUGUUAAAAGGCUAUGUACGAAAUCGUAAUCGACCCGAAGGUUGCAUCGCUGAAUGCUAUAUUGCAGAAGAAGGCAUUGAGUUUUGUACAGAGUACUUAUCAAAUGUUGAGGCAAUUGGAAUUCCUAGUACUUCAAACAUUGACCAAAAAGUUGGGGCAUCUAUAUUUGGAGGUCAUACCAUGAAGGUUGAAGUUGCCAUUGGUAAUGAAGAACCUGUAUCUGAAACCCUUAAAUGGAUAGCUCAUAGUCCUAGCCACUAUGUUUUUAAGUAUCAUGGCUAUGUCAUUAAUGGGUGUCACUACCAUACCAAGGAGCGUGAUGAUUUACGAGCUACCCAAAAUAGUGGAGUCAAAAUUGUAGCUACAACAAUGCAAAUUGCUAGUGCCAAGGAUAAAAAUCCAGUAUUUGGUGAGCUUUGUUUCUAUGGGGUUAUUACUGAGAUUUGGGAUCUUGAUUAUACCAUGUUCAGGAUUCCAAUCUUCAAGUGUGAUUGGGUUGAUAAUAAGAAUGGAAUCAAAGUUGAUGAUCUUGGGUUUACCUUAGUUGACUUCAGCAAAAUGGCUCAUAAAUCAGAUCCUUUCAUUUUAGCCUCCCAGGCUAAGCAAGUUUUCUAUGUAAAAGAUGAACUUGAUCCAAGAUGGUCAGUUGUUUUAUCAACUCCUCAACAAGACUUCUUGGAAAGGGAUGAGGGUGAUGAUCUCAUGGAUAACUCUAUUGAACACCAUCCAGUCAUAUCUUCUUUGCCACAAGUUGAAUCAUUUGAUGCUAUGGAUGACUCUGAUGCAAUAUGUAUGCGAGGCGAUUGUGAGGGGAUUUGGGUUGAGAACAAAUAG